AGAAAAUACCAGGAGCUCAUCGCGGUCCACCAAUAGCAGAGAGAGAUCCACCACUCCUGCAGAGUUUCAGCCAAUCAGAGCAGCACUUCCUCCAUUUCCUGUUGUGAGCUCGGGAGUUAGACGGAGCAUUCCUCUGGUCCAGAAUGUAAAUUAAAUACCACAGCCGAAAUGUGCAUGGAUGACUUUACUUUUCUUCUCCAAAGCUGUGGCUCCUGCUAGAACCUCAUAUCAUGGGCCUCGGAGAUGGCAGGUAUCGGCUGUUGCACCUGAUGUCAUGUCGCGUGUGUUGAUAUUCCCUUGACAACCGCGGAUCGGAUACCAAUAUUCAGGGGCCAUCAUGCCCAUCACGCUGCUGUGGGCCGUGGAUGUGUAUGGCAGAGUGUACAGCCUCUCAACAGCUGGCCAGCGCUGGGAGCGGGCAGACGACCUGCUGCUGGAGCUGAAGCGUGUCACAGCAGGGAAGGGGCGCUGCUGGGGCAUCGGCUGCGACCACCAUGUUUACCUCAACAUGAUGCCCAGUGAGACCCCCAUCCGCUACCGGGAGGAGACCUAUGAAAACCAGAGGUGGAACCCCGUGGACAGCUUCACUGACACACUGCUGCCCACAGACCGGUGGCCGUGGAGCGACGUGACCGGGAUGAAUCCUCAACCGCUCCACAGCUUUCAGCUGCCCUCCCGCAGCUGGGAGUGGGAGGGGGACUGGUAUGUGGAUCAGACCUGCGGAGGAGAACCCAGCCAGACUGGGGGCUGGGAGUACGCAGUCGAUUUCCCGGCCAACUUCUCCCCGGACAAGAAGUGGAACUCUUGUGUUCGUCGCAGGCGGUGGAUCCGCUACAGGAGAUACACAGCACAAGGCACCUGGGCGAAGACCCCCCUGGACACUCCCAGGAAGCCCCCGCUGCCGCUCUGUGACAUCAGCUGUGGUGGCUGGGAGUUGAGUGACCAGUCUGGAAGGUAUCCCUACCUCUGGGGCGUGUCCCAACAAGGAGAGGUGUGGUUCAGGGAGGGCAUCCACCCUCGGGUGCCAGAGGGCUCCAGCUGGGAGGAGGUUGAAGUGCCCAAGGAGGUGGCUCAGUUAUCUGCAGGCCCUGGGGACCUGCUGUGGGCUUUACUGUGGGAUGGGAACCUACUGGUCCGUACUGGCCUCAGCCUGGACAGCCCGACUGGCACAUCGUGGGUAGAAGUGGAAUCCCCCGUGAAGGAGAUUGAAGCGCUUCAUGUGGCUGUUGGAGUUAGCGUGGUCUGGGUGGUCACUAAAGACUACAAGGUGUGGUACAGGCGCGGCGUGAACUCUCACAACCCCUGUGGCUCCGGCUGGAUCAGCAUCGGAGGGGAGAUGAUGGUGGUGGACGUAGGACUCAAUGACCAGGUGUGGGCGGUGGGUGAGGACCGCGGCUUGUAUUUCAGGAUGGGUGUGACGCUGUCUGAACCGAGCGGGAGCGGCUGGAUUCCUGUUUCUGCCCAAUGGGGCAAUAAUAAAGAGUUUAUCCCCCCCAGGAAGGAGUGUGAGUUUGGUGGCCAGCUGACUGAAGCCUCACAAGGCUCAGUUCUGAGCUGCACUGACUCGGACUCAGAGUUGGGUCCUACUGACCCGCAAAACAGCACUAAAGAAGCUGCAGUACUGGAGGCACCAGCCUCCUCUGUCGUCCCUUUAGGGAAAGACGACACACCGACGCCUCUCCUGAAAACAGAGGACACUCCCUCAGCCUCCCAACAGGAUGCCCCCAAACCAUUCAUCCCUGCGAGCGACAGCUUCAUUAACAGCCUGGUGUCAGACCGCGACAAGACUUCCACUCCCCAACUGUCCAUCGCAGAGGUAGCGCAGGAAGAAGUCGUGGAGCCGUCCCCAGCCCCGAUACUCCCGACCCCUGAUACUGCAGGGCACGACGUCCCCUGGAUGAAUGUGGAUCUAGAGGGAGCAGGAGGAGCUCGAUGUGCGCAGGCGGCGGGGCCUUCGUUGGGCGAAGGCUGUGCUGCUGCCACCUAUGCCCUGGGGACUCUGGAGACCCCUCAGGGUGUUGGGGAAGAGGACGCACCAGUGUGGACCUGGAUCUCUGGUGGAGGCUGCGAUGUGGAUGCAAGUUCUCAGAUCAGCUGGCUCAGUCCCACAGUUCAGUCAGCAGCCUGGAGCAAACAGCAGCAGCAGCAGCAGCAGGAACACAAACACAGAGAGGAGAUCAGCAAGAAGCCGCUGGAGAGAAGCCACUCGGUGUGGGUGCGUAAAGGUGCGUUGCGCUGGUGGAGAGACUGGAAGCCUCAGCGCUGGGUGGAUGUGGGUGUUGCGCUCGAGCAGUCCACCAAGUCUGAUGGCAGGAAGGACAGUAUUUUCUUUGUCUACUACACACAGUAUGACGAGAAAAAGUACCUUCCCGUGUUUAUAAAUGAAGUGACGGCGUUGGUUCCAGUGCUCAGGGACUGCCACUAUGCCUUUGCUGUGUACACGGCCCAAAGGACCAAACAGAGGUGGCCUCUGGUACUGGCAGCACAAACUGAAAAGGACAUGAAUGACUGGUUGUGCCUGUUGUCUGACUGUUGCUGUGAGUGUCGAGGGAUCACAGGUCCCCCGUCCAGACACGCGCUGUGGUCCACAACCUCAAAGGGAGACAUCAUGGUCCAUGAGCCGUCCUUCUCCCUGGAGGCCCCUGCACACACACUGGCCUGUGACCUCAUGUUCUGGCGGCAGGUCCCGGGUCACCUGCGCUGUGUAGAGUCUAACAGUCUGGGUCUGGUGUGGGGCAUCGGGUGGGACGGCACCGCCUGGGUCUACAGUGGGCGCUAUGGGCAACAGCCCACCCCGGGAGAUGCAGUUCAGCUGCACCAGCAGACUGAUACCAGGAGUAUUCAUGUGUAUGAGAAUCAAAGAUGGAACCCCAUGACCGGAUAUACAGACAAAGGACUUCCUACAGACCGCGCUAUGUGGAGUGAUGAGAAAGGACUGGAGGAGUGCACCAAAGGAAACACACACCCGCCCUCUCCUCAGUGGUCCUGGGUGUCGGAGUGGGCUGUGGACUACAACGUUCCUGGAGGGACAGACAAAGAGGGCUGGCAGUACGCGGCAGACUUCCCUGUGACGUUUCAUGGCCACAAAACCAUGAAAGACUUUGUCAGGCGCAGAAGAUGGACGAGGAAGUGUAAGAUCGCAUUAAGAGGUCCAUGGCAGCAGGUCCCACCCAUCCGUCUGAGUGACAUCUCUUUGAUGCCAUGCCUGGCCCAGAGCAGCAUGGAACAGGUCCCUGUCUGGGCCCUCAGUGAUAAGGGAGACGUCCUGUGUCGUCUGGGAGUCAGCACGCAAAAUCUUCAGGGCAGCUCCUGGCUGCAUGUGGGCACGGACCAGCCCUUUAAAUCGAUCUCCAUCGGUGGAGCCAACCAGGUGUGGGCCAUCGCCAAGGACGGAGCUGUGUUCUACAGAGGCUCCGUGUCCCCACAAAACCCUGCAGGAGAAUGCUGGUACCACAUCCCGUCUCCCCCCAGGCAGGCGCUCAGACAGCUCUCUGUUGGGAGGACCUCCGUCUUUGCUGUGGAUGAAAACAGUAAUUUGUGGUACAGACAGGGUCUCACCCCCAGCUACCCUCAGGGCUCUGCCUGGGAGCUCAUCUCUAACAACGUCACCAAGGUCUCUGUGGGACCGCUGGACCAGGUGUGGAUCGUAGCAGAUGGAGUUCCAGGUUUUCCUUCGGAGACCACUGGAGCUGUCUGCCACAGGCUGGGGGUGGGACCCAUGCAACCCAAGGGCCAGUCCUGGGACUAUGGUAUAGGGGGAGGAUGGGAGCACAUCAGCGUGAGGGGGAACUCAGCCGAGGCUCCUCGCGCACCACAUCCUCCUCCUGUCGGACCUCCACGCAGCCCGCUCCCCCCACAGCCUCCGACACAAGUGAACGGGAACGCUGUGGGUGUGUAGCACCACCUCCUCCGCCCGCCACAGCCCUGUUUGUGCCUGGAUCCACAUUUGUCUCCUCAGACCAUUCCCACAGGCCCUUACCCCUUCAUGUAAAGGGAAUGCACAAUCAUACCCCUGAGUUUAUACUGUAUAUUUUGGUUGGAUUUGAAACAUGAUUGAUGGGUGAAUGUCACUCCCUGGUUUCCCAGUCCAGGAUGUCCGUAUGAAGUGAUGGCAAAACAAAAAAAGGGAGCACAAGAGCAUUUCAUGGAUCUUGAUGUAUUGUGGGAUACAAAUGUAACAGUGAGCGCAUGUGUUUGCUCUUACUCGGCUUUGGCUAUUGGGUGGUUAGGGAUCUAGUAUUAGCUUUUAUUAUUAUAUACAAUAUCCAGUGAAAAGCUAAGAGGGUGGGACUUUGAUAAAGGGCUAAGGCUUGGGUACUAAAACUUCAAACACACAAUCCCACUGUAGGCUAAAUGGUCUCUUUGUAGAAUUUUUGUUUUGUUUUUGCCUGUCAUACAUUUGCAUGUGAUUUCAAUUAUUUAUUUAUUUAUUUAUUAUGCAUUUGUUGAAUUUUGUUUCUCCAUAUAUUUUUGACCUAUUAUGUUUGCAUUGAAGUGUUUUUUGCCCACAUUACUAUGGCCGACAUGCCCUCCUAAUAUUAUAGGCUUUUUUCAAACGGACCAAAGAAAUUUGACAUCUUCACACUUCUGGAAAAUAUAAUGCACUUUCAAUUAUAAGCGUGUGCUGAGGAAAAUAUGUCAAAUUCAGUCCUCUCUAUCCUCCUGCAAUAAGUUCUUCCUGUUAGUAUUAGAUCCAUCCACAUAACUGCUAUGACCAAGAUAUGACCGUGACAUAGCAGCAGGUCCGAAUGUCACCAUGACUCGACAUUUACCGUACAAGGGCAUUGAAACGUGAAAUAAAAGUCAAAAAGUAUUUCUUUAUGUUUGGACAUUAUUCCAGUUGGUCUGGAAAAACUGAAGUUUUUAUUUUGAUAAAUGGAUUGAGAGGAUGAAAGUUUCAUUACGAAAACAGAAGUUACAGCGUGCAACGAAGGAUCAAACCUGGGAACCUUUGCGGAUAUAUAGUAUGAGUCUGAACCACUCGCCUACGGAGCGCAAUAAAAAGGACUCAAACUGUA